GAGGACACCCCUAACAAUGGCUCGAACCUUGUCUGCAUUUCCGUCCCGUUCCUUUCCCUAACCCCUUCUUUCUUCUUCCUCCUUUGACUGAAAUUUUAAAUUUACGUUCGCCCCAAUCAAUCAAUCUCUUAGAUCUGUUAUUUACAAGGCCUGAUUUCAAAUAUCCAAGAUCUGAUUCCGACAACGAAAACGCUACUGUUUUGGGGCCUCGACUCGAAGCCCUUUCCGCUUCUUUUUUGAGGUUUGGGUUUUUCUUGGAUGUGCUUAUGUUUUGUUCUCAGAUCUGGGUUUGGUUGUAUUUGUCGCUUUGAUUUGGUAUUCUGGAAAUGUCGGGUUUGCCCAAGGGUGAAUCGGUUCAUAUUCGGGAAGUUUGGAACGAUAAUCUAGAGGAAGAGUUUGCUUUGAUCCGUGAAAUUGUUGAUACUUACAAUUAUGUGGCUAUGGAUACUGAGUUCCCGGGUGUGGUUCUACGCCCUGUGGGAACUUUCAAGAAUAUAAAUGAUUAUAAUUACCAAACUUUGAAAGAUAAUGUUGAUAUGUUGAAAUUGAUCCAAUUGGGUCUCACUUUUUCGGAUGAGAAUGGGAACCUUCCCACUUGUGGAACUGAUAGCUUUUGCAUUUGGCAAUUCAAUUUCCGUGAGUUUAAUUUAAGCGAAGAUAUCUUUGCUAGUGAUUCAAUCGAGUUACUGCGCCAGUGUGGGAUUGAUUUCAAGAAGAAUAACGAGAAAGGUAUUGACGUGACGCGGUUCGGUGAGCUUUUGAUGUCGUCUGGGGUCGUGUUGAAUGAUGAUGUCCAUUGGGUCACCUUUCAUAGUGGAUACGACUUCGGGUACUUGCUUAAGCUUUUGACUUGCAGGAGUUUGCCUGAUAGUCAAGCUGGGUUUUUUGAUUUGAUCAAGAUAUAUUUCCCCAUGGUAUACGACAUCAAGCACAUGAUGAAGUUUUGCAACAGCCUUCAUGGUGGUUUGAACAAGCUCGCCGAGUUGUUGGAAGUGGAAAGAGUCGGUGUGUGCCAUCAAGCUGGUUCCGAUAGUUUGCUCACCUCAUGCACCUUUAGGAAGUUGAGAGAUAACUUUUUCAACGGCUCCACAGAGAAAUAUGCAGGUGUAUUGUAUGGCCUAGGUGUCCAGAAUGGACAGAAUACUAAUUAGAAGAAAAUAAUUGGAAAAAAAUGUUGAUGGAUGUAGACUACUUAGAGUUUGAGCCUGAAUUUUCUUUGUAUACAUUGUCAAAAAAAAAGUAUUGUUGAUUUAGCUGUGACUUUUCUCCUUUUGCUUGCAUUGUAACUGAAACCUUAACUGGUUUUUCCAGUUGAAGUCCAGUGUAAAUUAUGCAGUUAGUGUUUCUAUCUUUUUCAAUAAUAAUCAUAAUCAUUUGCAUCUUA